AUGGCUAGCAGACGAACUUUUCAUCUUAAAGAUGUGUUGCUAGACCCUGGUUUGCCGGCCGAUGCCAAAAUCGAAGAGCUGAACGGCUUCAAGGGCCACGUUAAGAAAGAACUUGUACACGAGCCGUCGAUCUCAGGGUAUUUCGAGGCUCUAUGUUCCUUGAUGGAAAAUGCGGAUUCUGAGGAUAAAAGGGUAGUAGCACUUUCCCAUUCGGCGGUGUGUUACCUUAUGAAAAGGGUCGCCAUGCAGGCGCCUGCUCACAUCGACGAAAAAUCGAUUAUGAGAUUGGGGCCCGCUUUACUGUCCACCAUUGGUGGAGAUCGCAAAAUCUGGUCAGGAUCUGUGAAGGCGCUGGAAGCCAUUUAUCUUGCACAGCCUAAGAGUUUCGAGGCCUGUCUGGAACGAUUUUGCCUUCGAGAUGCAACUCGAAUUCCCACACUUUUGUUCGUGGACGAGCUGGUAGUCAUGCAUCAGCGCAACAAGCAAAAUCCCCUUGAAACGCUUAACCAGUUCAAGUCUCUUUUUUUAAUCGCGUUGAAUGUACCCGAGGGAUUGACUUUGCAAGAUGUAGGACUCGUACGAGACAUCUUGUCAAAAUACUACACAAAACACUCAAUGAUUGUGUUUUCGAAAGGUAUCAAGAAAGAUACUACCAGGAGUACAUUCCUUGAGUCUCACACGACAUCUGAUGUAGGCCCCGUGGGCUCUUCGCAAAAUGAAGAAGAGAAAGAGGCAGAUACUUUCAACGAAGCGCAAGAAUUACAAUCUUUGAUAAAGGAACACUCAUCCACCUCAGACGAUUUGAAAGCCACAAAUUAUGUGACAAUAGAGUCUUUAAAGAAGGAUUUAGAGGAAAUUACAAGUCCUUUCAUGGCCAACAAGGAAACCGAGCAAAAUUGGAGAAGACGUCAAGAGAGCGUGAUACAAUUACGUUCAAUUGUCAAGGGCAACGCGCCCACGUAUUUUGAAGAUGAUUUCAUAUAUAUGCUCAAGGAAUUUCAGGUGCCAGAUUGUCUCUCCAAAGCUGUCUAUUCCCUGAGAACGUCUCUGUCGGUAAACGGGUCCAACUUAAUCAAAGAAUUGGCGCUCAGAGUUGGAGAAGGUUUAGAUCCCUUGGCUGAGUCUAUUUUCAAUCCUUUGAAAGGUUUACUUUCCGCGAUGAAGAAAAUAUCAUCGCAAAAUUCAUUUACUUCCAUUUGUGUUUUACUCUCUGGGAUUUCGUUCCACUCCAGGAUAUUCCAACAGUGUGCUCAACUCAGCAGAGAUAAGAACACAGCUCCUAGAUCUUUUUGUGCGAUCUUUUUGCGUAUCUUUAUCAUUAGAUUUCAUAUCAAGUUGGAAACCUACAUUCCCCAAAUUUGCGAAUGGAUGAAGAGAAGUCUAUCAGAUGCACAGACCAGAGUACGAGAAGAGAUGCGAACGACUUUUUGGUACUUUUACAAAGUAUACCCAGAGCACGCCAGUCCAAUUUUAGAAGGUCUAUCAGCGCAACUGAAGCGCGCUUUGGAAGCCUCAAUACCGAAACAUUUGGGCGUCGAUUAUUUACCUUCUUAUAACGUCUCAUCCGAGUCAUCGCGAAGAUCGAGUCUUGGCUACAAAACCCCCAGUUUUGCCAACGGAAUGCAACCAUCUCAGCUGCAAAGAAAUUCAGGCUUGCGUUCCGCAAGUGAUCCCGCAGGUCGUUCGACGUCGCAAGCUUUACCACACAGUAGCAGAGAGAGAAGGCACUUCUCUCCGAUGACUUUUUUGAACCGUAACUCAGGUCAUUCGGUUGCGCCUACGAAAACCUCAAAUUUAGACACAUCAUCACCGCCCAGCCCCAAUGGUCACAUUGACCUCACGAAUGAAUUAACGCAAGACCAGUCCAAUUCGCUCAUUAAAAAAUAUCUGGGCGCGGCGCCUAAUAGUGAUCGCAAGCUUUCUCAAUCAAGGCAUGAAAUUGACGAGAUGCUAAAAUACCUGGAUUCUGACCUCGCCAAUGACAGAUCGCAAGGUUUGCAAUUGCUCAGAAAUUUACUUUUACUUGACGUUCGCUUACCUUGUGACCAAAUCAAAAGUUCAAUGAGCCAGCUAAUGACAGAAACGUCUUCACAAAUGAAGGACUUAUUGAGGACUCAAGAAUUCUUCAGGUUGAUUGACUUAGAAACUUAUAUCGAGCUCUCGGCAAUCAAUAAGGAAAACCCACAGUUUUUGGUCCAAAAUAGAGAUGCAUCCGAAAUUGUUGAUGCGGUUAUUCUUCUUUUAAACAAAACGCACGUUGACCAUAGAGACUCAUCCAUGCAUUACAUCAAGUACAGACGAGUGAUUGCCGAUUUUUGCUUAGUGGUUGUCGAUUGCCUGAUAUCAAAUUUCACUGUUAUUGACGAUGUUGUUUUCAAAGCUGUGACAUCACAGAUCAUAAACAUUUACGGUGGCGAAUUGAACACUGAACUCUAUUCAAAUGUGCUCUUUCACCUGUGGUCUCAUGACAAACGUGCGUUUGUUGCAAUUCUCACGAACGCCCCUCACUACACGAAGUCAAGCAUAGGUCGAGAAUUGGCGGCUAGAUGCUCCGAGUUUCCUUUGAACUCUAUAAACCUCGAGGAGGAUUCUAAUGAAAUAAUAGUUCCGGAAGAAAAGUUCUGCAUGGAAAUGACAAUGGUGAAUCCUCUUUUGACGAGAAAGAGAACAAAUAGUACGAGCAGCGUUGUCAUCAAUGAUUUAAAGGAAGUUGGUUAUAAAGGAAACGAAGAAAACGGAAGGGAAUUAUCAGAAAACGUUACUAAUCACCCCAUUGUACCGUUAAUGGAAGAAGAAGGAUUUACAAAGUUUGGUGGUUUCUCAAAACUGAGUGGAAUGACUAGAAUUGUGAGCUUGUAUGAAAAGGAUGAAUUGGAGGAACAGCAUGACGAGCAUGUGUCAAAACUCGACUUUGAGGGGGAUACCAAUAUGUCUGCUGGGCGGGUUUCAAAUGAUGAGAAUGCUCAAAAUGUCGAUUUGAGUGACAUCUUCAACCAGAAUGGUGUAAUUGCACGUCCCACCGAACAGAGGACGAAUGCUAAUGAGCAGCUAUUUCCUGUGAAUGAUGCGCUGGAGGAUAAGACUUCAAAUAGAACCAAUGACGAAUUAAAAGUCAAAGAAUCCCAAUCAAAUACCCCCAUGGAAGGUUCAGACUACGAUUUGGCAAAUGUGCUCGAUGAAAUGCAUAUAAAAAAGGAAGAGGAAAAUUCGUUCCUGGCAUCAUCUCGCCGAGCCAGCAAUGAUUUAGACAUAAUGUCGCAUAUUCCAUCUGGAACGGUGCUUGCUCACGAACUUAACGAUAUUCUGGAUCGCGCGAAUCAUGUACUUCAGUUGGAUGAUUUAUCGAGGGCGCAAGACUGCGUCUUGCAAGACUUAUCUUCAGUGCCCACGUCGAAGGUUGACGAGAUUAUCCAUUUUUUACUUCGUGCGAAUGAAUGCCACGAGUUUGUUGAUUGGCUCAUAGCACAAAAUGGAUAUCAGGACUUAUGUCAGUUGAGCUCCAUAAUCCUCGAUUAUUUGGCGUCAGCGUUUACCAGUGCCACCGAAUUAUAUUCUCAAUGCGUCCAAUUGACGAUAUGCGUGAUAAUUUUAGGUGGGAAAACGCCUUUCAACAAACUACGAAAAGAACAGAUCAAGAUGCUUUACGAGUUCAUGUUCAAGUCUGUGGCAGUUCUUUGCUCUACUGAAAAUGAUUUUUUUUAUCUCCUGUGUGAAGAUGCUAGAGAUCUCCUGAUAGAAACUAACUGCACGUGGAACCAUUAUCAACAGGCAGCUGAGCCUCUUCUCGAAUCCGAAAAUGAAGUAAGUGACACACUGAUGUCAUUCAUUGCGGAGUCGUUUAUUCAGUUGUUGCAGAAUAGCGCUCUUGAUGAAAAAAAUGUAACCUUUAUGAAAGAUCAGGCUUUGCGCCUUUUGAGCAGCGAAGACACGAAAUUGCGAAAGGCCGGAUAUUCGUAUCUCGCCCUACUUUGGCAGCGGUGUGAGGAUAAGAGCACCGCUAUUUGGUUUCUCGAACUUCCAGUUUCUCGACAAAACCUCAUCAAGUUACUUUCUACGGGUUUACCAUCGAAACACGAAAGUUAA